AUGCUCUUCUUCUUCCUACAAUCUUCUGCCCGUUCUAGUGGCGCAAGCCCAAUCAAUUCAUCAACCCAGCAAAUCAUGAAUCCUUGCUUCACCAUCUCCCUCUCCCUCUCCUUCUCCUCUUUCUUCUUCUUCGUCUUCGUCCAGAAUUUCAGUACUCAAGCUGCCCCCACUUAUCUAUAUCAUUUUUGCCCACGCAUCUAUAACUUCACUGGCAACUCCACCUACGAGUCCAACCUCAACACCCUCCUCUCUUCCCUCUCAUCCAACGCCACCAACAGCACCAACGGCUUUGCCACUGCCACCGUCGGCCAGAACCAACCCGACUGGGCCUAUGGGCUCUUUCUCUGCCGCGGCGACGUCAGCACCUCCACGUGCAGCAACUGCGUGGCCACUGGAAAACAUGAUAUCCUCCGAAGAUGCGGGAACCAGCGAGUCUCCACGAUCUGGUACGACGAGUGCAUGUUAAGGUACGCCAACCGGUCCUUCUUCUCGGCCUUGGAACAGGUGCCUACUCGCACAAUGGAAAACACUACGAACAUCACUGAUCCGACCCGGUUCUCGCAAGUCCUGGGACAGACCGUGGAUGACAUCGCCACAAGGGCUUCCAACAGCGGGUCAGGGAAGAAAUUCGCGGUUAAGGAGGUGAAUUUCACGAGCUUGCAGACGCUGUACACCCUCGCGCAGUGCACGCCGGACUUGGGGGUAUUGGGCUGCGACACGUGCCUUCGGACGCUGAUCUCGGGCCUUCCCCAGAAGAAGCAAGGUGGGAGUAGGUUCACUAUGAACUGCGGCGUCAGGUUCGAGCUGUACCCGUUUUAUAAUGCCUCGGCCGUGGUGUCCCCGGCGCCUCCACUGUCCCAGCUUCCGCCUCCUCCGGUUCCCGGGACCAAACGUGAAGGCAAAGGCAAUAAAACUACUGUGAUAAUCGUCACCGUUGCUGUUCCUGUUGGCGUAGGCGUGGUGCUUCUCUUCCUCGCUUGUUUUAUCAGGCGGAGGAAAGCGACCAAGACAUACGAAGACGUCCAAGGAUAUCAAAGCGGCAUAAUUGACAUUACAAACGCCGAGUCCUUGCAAUAUGAUUUUGCCACCAUACAAGCCGCCACAGACAAUUUCUCACAUCAAAACAAGUUGGGCGAGGGUGGAUUCGGUGAAGUUUUCCAGUUGUCAUUAGGAGCUAUUCAUGUGUGCAUCAAAAUGCUGACCUUCCAGGGUAGGUUUCCUAAUGGAGAACAAAUAGCCGUGAAGAGACUAUCUCAAGGCUCGAGACAGGGUGUUGAAGAAUUUAAGAACGAAGUCAUACUAGUAGCAAAGCUUCAACAUCGCAACCUUGUGCGGCUGCUCGGGUUCUGCUUGGAGGCUAAAGAAAAACUGCUUGUCUAUGAGUUUGUGCCGAACAAAAGUCUCGACUACAUUUUAUUUGAUCCUGGAAAGAGCCGACAAUUGGAUUGGUCAAGACGUUACAAAAUAAUAUAUGGAAUCGCUCGAGGAAUGCUAUAUUUACAUGAGGAAUCUCGAUUUCGGAUCAUUCAUCGUGAUCUAAAAGCGAGCAAUAUCUUGUUGGACAAUGAAAUGAACCCUAAGAUUUCAGAUUUCGGCAUGGCAAGGAUUUUCGGAGUCGAUCAAACAAAGGCAAACACCAAAAAAAUUGCGGGGACUUUUGGUUACAUGUCACCCGAGUAUGGAAUGCAUGGUCAGUUCUCCGUGAAGUCUGAUGUCUAUAGUUUCGGUGUCCUACUUCUUGAGCUCAUUAGUGGUAAAAAGAAUAGUUUCUUCUACCAAGCAGAGGGGGGCGAAGUGCUCGCUAGCUAUGCAUGGAAAAAUUGGAGAGAUAGUACGCCACUGGAAGUGUUAGAUACAGCCGUUGGAGAUUCAUAUUCAAAGAAUGAAGUUCUAAGAUGCCUCCACAUUGGUUUGCUAUGUGUUCAAGAAGAUCCAAGGGAUAGACCCACAAUGGCGAACAUAGUCCUUAUGUUGAAUAGCUACUCUGUUACUCUUGCACUGCCCCAACAACCGGCCUUCUUCCUCCGGAGUAGGACGGAGAGACGGAUGAAAGAGCUUGAAUCAGACCAAUCCACCAGCAGGUCUAUACCAUUGUCGAACAAUGAGAUGUCGGUCACCGAAAUUUACCCUCGGUGAACGGUGAUGUGAGUUGAAAUCCUUCUUCAUGAUAUGUCUCACAGAGACCUUGAUCAUAAGAGUCUUGGUAUUCCCCUGAGAUCAUUAGUGAAAAAUGCCCAAACACCUUUGUCUUGUA